CCCGGAAGUGUAAAAAUCACUGUCGUUUUCAGAAAGCACAAACGCAUGUGGUUCGGGUUUAAUAAUAAAGUCUCUCGCCGUGGUUUUUUUAACGUGAUUUUCAAGCUGCGAAAAAAACAUUUUCCGUUACGGAAGUAUUCGAUUAUUUUGCAUCUUUUCAAGCUGGCGAAAGAAACUGAAACUCACCACUUAUAAUGUCGCAGGCCACUAAACGCAAACACGUUGUCAAGGAGGUUCUCGGGGACUUUGUUAUACCCACGGAAAACCAGCAGAUUGUGAAGGUUAUCAGUAGCCGUGGUAACAACCUUCAUGAAACGGUCACGGCUCAGGGUGAGACCUUCCUGGUGAGCAUGCCUACUAAGUUCCGCAAGAACAUCUGGAUCAAGAGAGGUGAUUAUGUGAUUGUGGAUCCUAUUGAGGAAGGAGAGAAAGUGAAGGCAGAGAUCAGCUCCAUUCUCUACAAAGAUCACAUUCAGUACCUGCAGAAGCAACAGCUCUGGCCAGAGGGAUUCACGGAGACAAAGAAACAGCAGGAAAAGGAAGAGAAAGACGAGGCAGAGGAAGCUAGUGACUCUGAAGACGACGAGAGCGACCUCUUUGUGAACACCAACCGCUGCAACUACCAGUGUGGUGAAAGUGAGGAGGAGGAGGACAGUGAGGAAGGAGAUGAAGACAAAGAAGGAAGGACAGAAAAUGGUUCCUAGCGGCAACACUGAGGACCCGGACAGCUGAGCGUGGGAGCUGUGAACAUCAUGUGGCAGUUCUGUGCUGCUGUGACCGCUGACUGGUGUGAUGAGGAUUUGAAGCAGUGCAGGUCUCCUCUGACACCCUGUUGGAGACGUUACAUGGCUGCAGACUGAGUGAACUUGAACAGAAAUAAGUCUUGCUUGUGAAACUGAUGUAAAAAAUCUUUGAUAUUCACACUCAACUGAAACUGAUUAAGAAUCCAAUGGAUUGUCGGCUUGAAAUUCUAUAAGAUCGACUGUUUGCUCGGUUUCUCGGUGAAGGCCUGUUACCACUCCAACAUGUUUGUAUAUUGACUGUGUAUUGAAAUGGAGCGAUUAACAUAAAGCAGUGCAUUAUUUUCUCAAAUGGGAUGAUAGAUUUUGCCACUCAUGAAAAUUACAUCACUGCAAAAAUGUAUUGUUGUUGAUGUUACAUAAAAUAAUAUCUGGUCUUGUUUA